AUGGCUCAACCACCUAUCUUGGCCCUCUUCUGGCACCCAUUUGUCACAAUCUUUACCUGGUCUUAUCGAAUCUUACAAGCACUGCUGUCAUACAUAUUCUCACCCGUUCCACCACCUCCAUCAACGAAUAAUCCCGAUAUUCCCCGCAAAAGGGUUGCAGUAAUUGGUGCUGGUUUGACCGGCAUCUCCUCAGCUGCCCACCUUGUUGGUCAUGGCUUUGAUGUGCAGAUCUUCGAAUCUAGAACUCAAGACCAAGGUCUGGGCGGAAUCUGGAGCCGAGUCAAUUCCACUUCUGGACUCCAAGUUCAUAGUCUUAUGUACCGGUUCCAUCCCUCAGUCCACUACAACAGUGCCUAUCCUACACAAGCACAGAUUCAAGAGCAGGUAGUUCAGCUCUGGAAACGAUAUGAUCUGGAGAGACGCACCGUCUUUGAGACUCCUGUGAGUUCCGUUGAGAAAACAAAGAAUGGCAAAUGGGUCAUCAACGAUGAUGAAGGCCAGUUCGGUCGGUUCGACGGUGUCUUGGCGGCUGUUGGUGUCUGUGGAGAUCCAAAGAAGCCUCCCUUACCAGAACAGGAGAAAUUCAAGGGUCAGAUCUAUCAUUCGUCCAAUCUGGACGGCAAAGAGGUGACAGGCAAGAAAGUCUUGAUAGUGGGAGGUGGUGCGAGUGCCAUUGAGGCUCUAGAGUUUGCCGUCAAAUCUGGCGCGGGAGAGAUCGAUGUUUUGUCGCGGUCCGACAAGUGGAUUAUCCCACGUAACGUUCUAGUUCAAUCGUUACUAGCUUGCAAUAUCUUUGGCCAGGAAACUGCGCUUUCCUGGAUCCCAGAGGGACUACUACGCAAGUUCUUCUACCGUGAUCUCCAGGAUAUUUCUCCCGUCAGCGAUGGCAUCUUUACUGAAACUCCCAUGGCUAAUUCCGAGCUAUUUGAGCAAAUUCGGGCUGGAAAAGCCCAUUGGUUGCGGGGCGAUAUUGUCUCAGUCGAAGAUCAUGGCGUGAUUUUCAACCACCGAGCUCAAGGAGUACCCAAGGGAGGUCCUGGCAAUGAAAAGCUAGUGGAAGCAGACGUAAUUGUCAUGGCAACUGGAUUCAAGCGACCUUCUCUUAAAUUCCUCCCAGAGGAGGCCUUUGAAGAGCCGUACAGUCCGCCCAAUUGGUACCUUCAGGUCUUCCCACCCAAGUACCCUGACAUCUGUGCGAACAACAGCACAUACGUCGAUGCCAUCGGAACGGUUGGAAAUAUGCACAUAGGUAUCUACACUCGGUUCUUAAUCAUGUUCAUCACCGACCCCUUGGCCUGCCCCACGGAAGAGCGGAUGAAGACAUGGAUCGAUUUCACUCGGCUCAUGAAGAAGAUGGCGCCUACCAAAGCCUUUGAAUUUUUCACCUAUUCCGAGUUGAUUUACUGGUACAUUUUCGUCAUUGCUGUCAAUCCUUUCCGCUGGAAGUGGGCUCUAUUCGUCAUAUUUGGCAUUGGUCGAUCCUUGCCCUUGAUGGUGGUUGAGCAAGAGAAUUCAUUCCGCAGCGAGCUUCUUAAGCAGCGCAAGACUAACUAA